UGAGGAGAAGACUUCCAUUUCAAGAUCUCACACCUAUACUAGGACUUUAAGUGGAUGAUAAAGAGUGCAACAAGAACAUGACUUUUAACACAUCAGACUGAAAAAAUGUGUAUGAAGAGGGUGUGGAGUCUUCUGACCUGAAAGGGCUGAAGAGGAGAUGGAAACAUCUAAUGAUAGCACAGGUGGGGAUUUCAUCUUAGUGGGCUUCUCUGAGCGGCCCGAGUUAGAGCUGAUCCUCUCUCUCUUUGUCCUGAUGUUCUACACCAUAACUCUUUUGGGCAAUGUGGCCAUCAUCCUGCUCUCUAUCCUGGAUGCUGCACUCCAUACCCCCAUGUACUUUUUCCUCAGAAACCUCUCUGUGCUUGACCUCUGCUUCACCACCAGCAUUGUGCCCCAGAUGCUGGUGAACAUGUGGGGAGGCAACAAGAAGAUCAGCUAUGCUGGCUGCAUGGUCCAGUACUGGGUGGCCUUGGCACUUGGCUCCACUGAGUGUGUGCUCCUUGCGGUGAUGGCAGUUGACCGCUAUGUUGCAGUUUGCUUGCCUCUGCGCUAUGCUUCCAUUAUGCACCCCAGGCUGUGCCACCUCCUGGCAGCAGCUUCCUGGUUCUCUGGUUUUGCUAACUCAUUUCUACAGUCCUCAAUGGCCAUGGUGCUGCCUCGAUGUGGAAACCGGCGUGUGGACCAUUUCUUCUGUGAACUAUUGAUCAUUGUUAAACUCUCCUGCAUCGAUACUGGCCCAACAGAAUCUAAAAUGUUUAUUGCCCGGCUAAUCGUCCUAGGCAUGCCUGUCUCCAUCAUCCUAACCACUUAUGUCUGCAUUGACAGGGCAGUAGUAAAAAUGCGCUCAGCAGAGGGAAGGAAAAAGGCCUUUAGGACCUGUGCCUCCCACCUAAUGGUAGUUUCACUCUUCUAUGGGACCAUUAUGUUUUUGUAUCUGCAGCCCAAAGACAACUACUCCCAGGACCAGAGCAAAGCACUGGCAGUGCUUUACAUGAUCCUUGCACCCACACUCAACCCUCUGAUCUACACGCUGAGGAAUAAGGAUGUGAAGAAAGCAGUCAGGAAGUUGAUGGGGAAGGAGCAGGUAUAG